GACAGAGAGAGAGGGAGAGAGAGGGAGAGAGAGAGAGAGAGAGAGAGAGAGAGAGAGAGAGAGAGACAGACAGACAGACAGACAGACAGACAGAGAGAGCGAGAGACAGAGAGAGUGAGAGACAGAGAGAGAGAGAGAGAUGAUGUGGAGAGUGAAAUACUGAGGAUCAGACAAACAGACAGAGAGAUAGAGAGGUGCAGUUUUAUCUCUGUUCCUGCACUAAUCCCCAUUCUAGCUGUGAGCUUACAGCUUUCCGUCUCUGCAAUGGAACAGAAACUAAAGCAGCAGGAUAAAAACAUCAGCAUGGAGUUUCAUCACUGAACAAAAGAGAGAGAGAGAGGGAGAGAGAGAGAGAGAGAGAGAGAGAGAGAGAGCUGCAGCAUGGCGAGUGAUGGCUCUGAGCUCUUCUCCCUUCCAAGUCCUGUAGUGCGUCACAUCGAUAAACAUUUCCUGAUGUGUAGCAUCUGUCUGGAUCACUACCACAGACCCAAAGUGCUGCCGUGUCUCCACACUUUCUGCCAAAGGUGUCUUCAGAGCUUCGUCCCUGUCCACAGCCUGACUCUUUCGUGUCCUAUCUGUCGUCAGACCUCUGUCCUUCCAGAGAAGGGCGUGGCAGCAUUACAAAACAACUUCUUCAUCACCAACCUGAUGGAGGUGCUGAAGAGUCAAGACACAGAACUUGGAGAUGAGAACUUUCUGCUGGACAUCAACACUUUGAGCACAGAGCAACAGCUGUCCUGUUCCAAACACCAAGAAAACGUGGAGUUCUACUGUCCCGUGUGUGAGAUAGCUGUGUGUGAGAAGUGCAGCAGUGAAGAUCACACCCAACACGUGACUGUCCCCCUUGCAGAAGUCCUCCCACAGCACAGAGCUUCACUGCUGCAGCAGCUAAACUCCAUCAGGAGCAGACUUCCACAGAUCGACUCAGCACUGCAGACGUUGUCUGAGAUCUUGCAGCAGCUGACAAGUCAGAAGAGCUCAGUUGAGGAGAAAAUCCACAGUACCUUCACUGAGCUCCAGAAGAUGUUGGAUGUGCGUAAGAGUGUCCUGCUGAUGGAGGUGGAGGUGAAAUACACCCUCAAGCACAAGGUGCUUCAGACGCAGAUGGCAUUGUUGCUGCAGGAGCAGGAGAACAUGCUCAGGGGCUGCAGUUUGACAGAACGAGCAUUAAGCAGUGGCUCUGAGGCUGAGAUGCUGCUGGUGGAGAAGCAGAUGAGUGAGCAUCUAAGUGAACUGGUGACUCGUGAACUUCCUCUGCGGCCUAAAGAGAAUGGACAACUGAGCUUCACAGUAGAGACUGAUGGUCUAUGCAGCUCUAUCCACCGUCUAGGUUCCAUUAUCACUGGCAGUGCAGUGGCAGGAGAGACGGUCGCGAGUGGUGAGGGACUGCGGCGCUGUGUGGUAGACCAGCCUACAUUUAUCACUGUCACCUCUAAAGAAAGAGAUGGCAGGCUGUGCCAGACAGGGGGCGCUCCUCUAUCAGCUGAGCUGAAUGGUGCAGAUGGUACACUGGUGGGAGAAGGUGAAGUUGUUGACCACAAAGAUGGCACAUAUGACAUACUGUACACUCUAUCAUACGAGGGACAGUACAUGCUUGCACUUCGCCUGUAUGGGCAGCAUAUUCGCGGGAGUCCAUUCAGCAUCCGGGCCACCAAAGACACACAGGAAUCUGAAAACACCAACAGGGCCAAGAGGUGGUUGAAGUCACCAGGGAACUCUCACAUCAAACAGCAAGCCAGCAAGCGGCCAAGCAGCAUGUACAGCUCAGCCAGGAGCAAGUGGAACAUCGUUGAGGAUGACCUCAUCUUCAGAAUCGGGACUAAAGGGAGAAAUAAGGGAGAAUUUGCCAAUCUGCAGGGUGUGGCCGCUUCCGACACUGGAAAUGUUUUAAUAGCAGACAGCAACAAUCAGUGUGUUCAGAUAUUUUCUAAUGAUGGCCAUUUUAAGAGUCGUUUCGGCGUACGAGGACGCUCUCCAGGGCAACUUCAACGGCCAACCGGCAUCACCAUCCACCCCAACGGUGACAUCAUCAUUGCUGACUAUGACACCAAAUGGGUCAGCAUUUUCUCCAGUGAUGGUAAAUUUAAGAGUAAAAUCGGCUCGGGAAAGCUGAUGGGUCCUAAAGGUGUGUCUGUGGACAGAAGUGGGAACAUCAUUGUAGUGGAUAAUAAAUCCUGCAGCAUCUUCGUCUUCCAGCCUAACGGCAAACUCAUCCGCAAGUUCGGCACUCGUGGAAAUGGAGACAAACAAUUAGCAGGUCCUCACUUUGCAGCAGUUAAUCAGAAUAAUGAGAUUAUUGUCACUGAUUUCCACAAUCACUCAGUAAAGGUGUUUAAUGAAGAGGGAGAGUUCCUGUUGAAGUUUGGCUGUAGUGGUGAGGGAAUUGGUCAGUUUAACGCCCCCACUGGAGUCGCUGUUGAUUUAAAUGGAAACAUCAUCGUAGCAGACUGGGGAAACAGCCGGAUACAGAUGUUUGACAGCAGGGGUUUGUUCCUGUCCUUCAUUAACACUUCAGGAGAUCCCCUGUUUGGCCCUCAGGGUCUCGCCAUCACCUCUGACAGUCACAUCCUUGUAGCCGAUUCAGGAAACCACUGCUUUAAAGUUUACCGCUGCCUCCAUUGACCAUCCUCAUCCCUUCCUCAUCCCUUCAUCAUCCCAACACCAUCCCUCCAUCUUCAUCUUCCUGAUCUUGACCCAAGAGCACUGUUACCUUUCUAAAGUUUUCAGGAUUACUAACCACCUGAAGACCACAGUAAUAAAAUGGACUAAAUAUAAACACUGAGACAACUUAACAAAGUAAAAACAAAACAAAAGGUUUACAUUUAUUUUUAAAUUAAUUUUAUUUUAAGAUCUGGAUUUAUAAUCCAAACAUUUUACAAUCUCAGCUGCACAUGCAAGUCUUUUCUCAUUGUUCUUAGUAACAAUUUAAUUAACCUGCUCCUGCGUCACACUGAUUGCCCUGAUUAUUAAAUUAUUUAAAAUCCUC